UUCCGUUCCAGGUGACACCCAUUUUCCCCCUGACAGCAGUCCGCUCCUCGACACCAGCUACUCUGCUGAGAGCUCAGCUAGCUGACGCAGCAGCAACAGUUAACGGUGGGGGUCUGCUUAGAAACUGGGUGUGAGUGACUGUUGGUUAUUAAUGUUUACAAUGAAGAAAUUAAAAAUACUUCAAUCCUGACGUCCACACUGUGGUCGAUGACGGUCUGGCGCGGCAUCGGUGACUGACAUGGACGCGAGUGACAACAAGAAUGUGAAGCUUUCACCUGAAGUGGAACCGUUCAUCCCACAGAAGAAAGGUCUUGACGGAUCACUAGUCAGCAUGAGUCUUUCUGGCGAGGCAGGUGGAGGAGGGGGCGGAGGCAUAGGAGGCAGUGGAGGGGUGGAAAGUACUCCCAUUCCAAGCUACCUCAUCACCUGCUACCCUUUCGUCCAGGAGAACCAACCCAACAGGCAACAUCCCAUGUAUAACGGAGGAGAGCUGCGCUGGCAGCAGCCUAAUCCUACCCCUGGUGGUCCAUACCUGGCCUACCCAAUCUUGUCUUCCCCCCAACCGCCUGUCUCUAAUGACUACGCCUACUACCAAAUCAUGCCUGCGCCAUGCCCACCUGUGAUGGGCUUCUACCAGCCCUUCCCUGGCACCUAUCCAGGUCCAGUGCAAGCUGGAGUGGUCAGUCCUGUGUCUGCAGAUGUCAGUGAAAGACCCAUGGCACUGGGGCCAGCAUAUGGAAUGACCAGUCAGCGGGGGAGAGGCAUGGUCCGGUCUAAUGUUCUCCCAAAGCAACAUUUGGGUGUGUGCCAGCCUACAAGGGGUCGUCGGCCUCCAACCAGGAGUGUAGCUGUGCAGAAGGAGGUGUGCACCUUAGGGCCGGAUGGCAGGACUAAAACUGUAAUGUUGGUGGAUGCAGCACAGCAGACCGAUUUCCCAGGUGAGGUAUCAGGGCGUUGUGCUGCUGAGCGAGUAAGUCCUCUGCUGUGGAAAAACCGAACAAAGAGAAGACGGGCUUCCCAUCCAGCUGAAAGCUACAACGAGACUGGUGCAAGUGAAGCCGAUAUAGACAGUGAUAGCGGCUACUGUAGCCCCAAACAUAACCAGGGAACCGGGGUGAUGCAAAGAACAGCAGAGAACACAGCAGCACCCAUGGGAGUAGAGGCUGGUGUAAUGACUGCAGGUACCUGGGUAAAUGUAGCAUCUCAGGCUCCCUCAAAGUCCUGGGUGGACAGAAACGGUCAGUUUCACAGAGCAGAUCAGAGGAAGAAUCCCGAGCAGAGAAACUUCUCACAGGAUUACCACAGUGGGUGUCAAGGGCGUAUGCCACUCAACCAGUCGGAACAAAGACAUCCGCCAGUAGCAGUCCCAGGCACAGACCUCACUCCAGAGCCCCUCUACUUUGAGGAUGAAGAUGAGUUUCCAGAUCUUGCUUCUGGUGGGGCUGCUCAGCGCAGCAACAAACCAGAAUCAACCCCAGCUCAGACACAUACGCAACCUAAGCUGCCCAAAAACCUGCUGGAAAAUCUGCCAGAAAACUCCCCUAUCAACAUUGUACAGACACCCAUCCCCAUCACCACUUCUGUUCCCAAGAGGGCCAAAAGCCAGAGGAAAAAGGCUCUUGCUGCUGCCUUGGCCACUGCACAGGAAUACUCUGAAAUCAGCAUGGAGCAGAAGAAACUACAGGAAGCUUUUAUCAAAGCAGCAGGGAAAAAGAGCAAAACCUCUGUGGAGCUUGACCUGGGAGACAUGCUGGCAGCUUUGGAGAAACAACAGCAGGCUAUGAAAGCCAGGCAACUCACCAAUACCAAGCCACUGUCUUUUACAGUUGGAACAACUACUCCCUUCCACAGCUCAGGCUCUACCAGUGUGCCGUCUAUGCUGAGGGGUCAUCAGCAGUCUCACUCGACCCCGCACAAUGCCUUGGACUCCACUGCACCUCGUAUAAAGAGAGGGAAGGAGAGAGAGAUCCCCAAAGUCAAACGACCAACAGCCCUCAAGAAGAUUAUUUUGAAGGAACGUGAAGGGAAGAAAGGGAAGCCAUGUGCAGAACAAGAGUCAUCAAGUCAUGACGAACAUGGGGAUGAGUGUCUACAUUUUACUGAUGAUCUUACGCAACAGCCUGCUUCUCAGGAAGAAAACGGUCUGAGUGUGCCCAGUGAUACAUCCCUUUCCCCAGCCAGUCAGAACUCUCCUUACAGCAUCACCCCAGUGUCCCAAGGCUCUCCUGCCAGCUCGGGUAUCGGAAGUCCCAUGGCUUCAAAUGCCAUCACCAAGAUCCACAGCCGACGUUUCAGAGAGUACUGUAACCAAGUGCUGAGCAAGGAGAUCGACGAGAGCGUGACUUUGCUGCUACAGGAACUGGUUCGCUUCCAGGAGCGAGUCUACCAGAAGGAUCCGACUAAGGCUAAAUCCAAGCGUCGCCUGGUCAUGGGUCUAAGAGAGGUCACCAAGCACAUGAAGCUUCAUAAGAUUAAGUGUGUCAUCAUCUCUCCCAACUGUGAGAAGAUUCAGGCCAAAGGUGGUUUGGAUGAAGCUUUAUACAAUGUAAUUGCGAUGGCCAGGGAGCAGGAGAUCCCGUUUGUGUUCGCCUUGGGCAGAAAAGCUCUCGGACGCUGUGUCAACAAGCUGGUGCCCGUUAGUGUUGUGGGCAUUUUCAACUAUUCUGGAGCUGAGGGACUCUUCAACCAUUUAGUUUCUCUAACCGAAGAGGCUAGGAAGGCCUACAAAGACAUGGUGUCCGCUCUGGAGCAGGAGCAGGCUGAGGAGGCUCUGAAGAAUGAUAAGAAGGUCCCACAUCACAUGGGGCAUUCCCGCAACCACUCUGCUGCUUCAGCCAUCUCCUUUUGCUCCAUCUUCUCUGAGCCCAUCUCAGAGGUUAAUGAAAAGGAAUACGAGACCAAUUGGAGGAGCAUGAUGGAGACUUCUGAUGCCCCAGAACCUGUAGAGAGCGAGCCGAGUCGCCCUUCACCCUUAACAGGCACCCAGAAAGACAGUGAGGCCCCAGCAGUUACCAACAACACCGCCCCUCUUGGCGCUACCGUUCCCCAGCCCAGGGCUCCAGCUCCAGAGAGAGAUGAGGUCCGAGCUGACGACAGGCUGGAGCUGGCCUCUCAGCAGAGCACAGAGACAGGCUCGUUGGAUGGAAGCUGCAGGGGGCCGCUGAACUCAUCCAUCACUUCCACCACUUCCACCCUGGUUCCUGGGAUGUUGGAGGAGGCUGAGGAGGAGGAGGAUGAGGAGGAGGACUACACUCCUGAACCCAUUUCUGUAGAAGUGCCCACUCUGAGCAGCCGCAUUGAAUCCUGGGUGUCCAAGACCCUGGAAAACCUCCAGCUGGGAAAGAGCCAAGAAAGUACUGAAGAGGAGGAGGAAGAGGAUGGAGAGGAGAGGGUACAGAGUGAGGAUGAUGAGGACCUUGAUUCAGCAGAGAUCACAAAGACGAAGAUGGAAGGCAAAGAACAAGCGGAGGCUAAAAAGCCCACUGGUUGAAAUCACUUACACGCGUACAUUCCCUCCCUCUCACACAUCCCUCUUCACAGCAACCAGCAGCCCUCCUCCUUUGUGUCUAGCCCCUGACACAAGUCAUAAUCUCAGGUAUCCACCCAGCUGACCAAUGCUCUCUCACUCACACACACACACAUGCACACAUUACAGAGAAACUGACCAACUUAAAACCACACAGAGUCACAGACCAAACAGCUAACAAAGUCUGAGGGUUAUAGAUUCACACCAAAACUCAUCUGAUGAUUUUAAAAGGAUGCCCUCUUUGUUUUUCUUUUCAUUUUUUCUUUUUUUUUGGGCCCCAUAACCUGCAACACUUGAAUAAAGGGUGGAGCUUUCCCUCCUCCACAGCCGAACUCUUUCAGAGUCAGGAACAUUUGUGGGAGCAAGCGAUGAGCGCUCAAUGACGUUGAGCUGGUGUCUGCAGCUCACAGAGGGGGAAGGUUGGAACCUUUCAACUCGCAUCUUAACUUUAUUCAGAGCUCGGAGGGUUUUCAGCUCUGUAAGUAUUUGUGUGUUUGUGUGUGCACUUUGGAGGCACAGUUUGCAUUUAUUUUGCUCUGUCCUUUGGCUUUAGCUAUGUAAAUAAUGUGUGUGUUUGUGUGUUUAAUUUCACCUCGCUGCUCCAGGAGGAAAAGAGAGAGAGAGGGGGUUUCUUUAUAACUGCUUAGUUGGCAAUUAGCUUUCAUCACGGAAUAUUACAGUGUCAGGGGUUCUGUCUUUGUACCAAAACCACUCCCGCGCAUCAGUUGUCUGUUUUUUAAUGUUUAAAUAAAUAAGUGUCUCAUUCUGAAUUCAGAUGAUUUAAAUUACUUAACUUCUAAGAAGCAAAUCAAGCUUUGUGAAUAUAACCUUGUCUAGGUGGUUCUACUGCAAUAUGUAACGUUUUGUCAUAUUGAUCUUGCCUAUUGUCAAAUUAUUUGGGGUUUGUUUUCCUCUGAAUGGAGUCCUAGUUCCUAGAUGCUGUCCAUGCUUCAUAAAAAAACAAAACAAAGAAAAAUGCUCCUGUUUUUUUUCCACUCACUAGUGUUCUCUGAUGGCGGGGCUCUCAAACCGUCUCUUACAAAGGUUCCCAGCAUCAUUAUCAUCAACACUGAGAUCUUUAUUCAAUCCUGAAAGUACAUUUUCCCAACUAAAUUUUGAGAGACACAUCUUGGUUGUUACUUCCUCAAUACUAAAGCACUGAGCCUGUGUGUGUGCAGUUUACAGCUUCAUGAAAUAAUUGGGAAACUGGAUGCUGGAAGACAAACGUGUGAACUUAAGAAAUUUGUUAUUGGCCCCUCCCCCCUCAAAAACCAUUUGAUUAAAACUAAAAUCCUCAGUGCUUCACCACCGCUAGUUAAAUAAGUCAUCACCAAGUCAUGCACAUACCUUUGUAAAUAUAAUUGUACAAAGGAGAUUUUGCAUUGUAUUAAACAAAAUACAAUCAUCCUGUUCUUCAAGCCAUUUAGUAGGUUUAACA